AUGGAGUUUCCGGACCUUGGGGCUCACUGUUCGGAGCCGAGCUGUAAGCGCUUGGAUUUUCUGCCGCUCAAGUGCGAUGCCUGCUCGGGCAUCUUCUGCGCAGACCAUGUGGCCUACGCCCAGCAUCACUGUGGAUCUGCUUACCAAAAGGAUAUCCAGGUGCCUGUAUGCCCGCUCUGUAACGUGCCUGUUCCUGUGGCCAGAGGGGAGUCCCCUGACCGUGCUGUUGGGGAGCACAUUGACCGAGACUGUCGCUCAGAUCCAGCUCAACAAAAACGUAAGAUCUUCACCAAUAAGUGUGAACGCGCUGGCUGCCGGCAGCGGGAAAUGAUGAAACUGACCUGUGACCGCUGUGGCCGAAAUUUCUGCAUCAAGCACCGUCACCCACUGGACCAUGAUUGCUCUGGGGAGGGGCACCCCACCAGUAGGGCAGGACUGGCUGCCAUCUCCAGGGCACAAAGCCUGGCUUCUUCUACAAAGACCAUCCCCAGCCCGAACCAGACCUUGCCUUCGUCUUCCUCUGCCAGCAGAGCCACAACUCAGUCUCCAACCCGGACAGCCCCUCCAGUGAUUACUUUGCAAAAUGGCUUGAGUGAGGAUGAGGCUCUGCAACGAGCCUUGGAACUGUCCCUGGCAGAGACCAAACCCCAGGUCCCAAGUUCUCAGGAGGAAGAAGACUUAGCUUUAGCACAAGCACUAUCGGCCAGUGAGGCAGAAUACCGACGGCAGCAGGCUCAAAGCCGCAGCUUGAAGCCGUCCAACUGCAACCUGUGCUAG